AUGACGUCCACUCAAUCAUCAACAUCAGAGAAUGACAGCCACCCAAUCAUCAACGAUCUCCAUCCAAUUGAACUUGCUGCCCAUUCAUUGCUAACUGGACCGUUGGAUACGUUGGCCGAUUCAUGCCAACAACACCUCCCACAACAUCAUCAAACACAUCAAGCCAGANUUUCAAAUCCACAAGCACCGGUUGUUAGAGCAUCUGGGAAGACGCCUAACAUUUCCUACGAGAAGAUGUCUAAAUCAAAGUACAAUGGAGCUGAUCCUGGAGAAUGUAUCGCCAAGUAUGGUGCUGACGCAACAAGAGCCCAGAUGUUGUUUCUGGCACCUGUGUCUGAUACGUUGUUGUGGAAUGAGGAUCAGAUUGCUGGUGUUGAUCGAUGGCUCAAACGAGUUCUUGGGUUGAGGGAAAUGGUUGCAGAGUUGAAGAGAAAAAGGUACUGGGCAAGAAGUUGCAAAAGUGACAUUGAGAAAUGCAAUAACUGGUAG